AUGCCUCAUCACUGUGCUGCACACAAAUGCACUCGUGCAUCUCGUGGUUUAUGCGAUUGUUGCCAACAAAAUCUUUGUCUUCAGCAUUUAAAUGAACAUAACGCCUCACUCAUUUCACAGUUAAAUCCAUUGACCGAUGAAAUCAACGCACUUGGUGAUCGUCUUAAAUCAGUCAACGUUCAACACAUUAUCGACAAAUGCCGUCUGAAACUACAGCAGUGGCGUGAGGAAUCUCAUGAGAAAAUCGAUCGAUUAUACAUCCAGAAAUGUCAAGAAUUCGAUCAACUCGUCAACGAGAAGACGAGUGAACAGCACGAAAAACUCAUCGCAAUCCAAUCGAAAAUGACUGAAUUGAUCAGCGCACAAGAAACAACUCGGCAAGAUAUCGAUCAGCUAACAUUAACGAUCCAACAGUUGAACAAGGAUAUCGAUCGAAUUGAACAAACACAUUUAAUGAUCAUCAGUCGACCUUGUUUACUCAAUAAUACUUUAGCCUUUACAUUAGAUGCCAUUGAAAAUGAGAUCGAUUUAGAUAAUCUUGCACCUGUAUGGAAAACAAUCGAUCGUCCCGAUGGCAGUUAUGCUUCAUUAGCUAGUAACGAUCGGUAUUUACUGAUUCAUCAACAGCCAAAUCUUAGCAUCCUAGAUCAAGAUAUGAACAUAGUCAAACAAAUUCCAUGGUCACAUGACGCGAUAUAUGAUAUGUGCUGGUCAACCACAUUGAGACGAUUUAUUGUCAUCGGGGGUAAAUUAAUCCUAACUGUUAAUGAAAGUACACUGUCGGUUGAUAAUGUUAAACUGUCAAAAGAACGAUAUUGGCAGUCAUGUACAUGUUCGGAUACAUCAUUAUUUUUGUCUACAAACGAAUACACGUCAUCCAUCGUGGAAUUUCGUUUAUUACCUUCAAUAAAAUUCAUCAAAGAAUGGAAAUAUCCAGUGACAUGUGCGCAAAAUGAGGUUAUUAGUGGGAUUGUUUAUAAUGACAGUAAACUAGCUUUAAUGAUCAUGAAUGAAGCGAAGAAAAGUUUACGUAUAGUCUUGUGCGAUGUCAAAACAUUGAAUUGUAUUUGGUCACGUCAAUUAGAUAUUGUAUGUACUCAAAGUAUAGCAUUCCGAUGUUGCGCACUAACCUGCCAUGAAUGGUUGGUCUCGGAUUUUGAAACCAGACGUCUGUUGCACAUUACACAAGAUGGUCAAGUGAAAAAAAUCGUUCCAUAUAGUGCUAUACCUUAUCGUGCGAAUCUGUUUGGGGACAUGUUGGCCGUGUCAAGAAACGACGGUGUUAAUUUACAUAAACUUUAG